AUGAAUUUCGGGUCUCUGUUCAAGAAUCUGGCGAACUUCCAGUUCCCCUACACUAUUGAGUCCGAGCCGUAUCAUUCGACGCCGCUGUGGGACCUGUACCGUGGGCAGCGGAAGAAGGACUCACACGAUGUCACUGUGUUCAAGGCAAAAUGCGACGGGGCCGCUGGGUCCAAUUGCGACGAACUCAUCAUGCACGCGAUGCACAUGAUCAAAGUUAUCCGUGUUCCUGGGAUUUGCCCUUUGCUCGACGUGUUCGACUCGAACGGGCCGGACGCUCUAUUCAUUGUGACCGAGGCGGUCACUCCCUUGAGUACUGCUCUUGGUGAAGCAGGGAUCGGUGAGGCCGGAUUGCUUUUGGGGUUGCACGACCUGUUCCGGCUGUUCCAAGUGCUUGAACCACUGUUUUACAUCGGGAACCUGUCUUUGGAGAACCUUUUCGUCGACAAGCAGGGGAACUGGGUACUGUUCGGGCUCGAGUGCUGCUACGAGAAAGCACCCGAGAAGUUCGACCGGUUUAAGUUCAAGGACUACAUCAAGAUGUGGCGUGGCCUGCAUGGUUUCCCCCCCGUGGCGGAUGGAGCUAAAUCGCUAGACCCAUCGCUGAUCGACGCGAUCGCAUUGGGCGAGCUCAUUGAAGCACUGUUCGAGGCGGCAAAAGUUAGGAUCCCGAGUGAUUGGGGCAAGUACGUGCAGGGUCUCGCACAGGGUCGCAUGACGCUCACUGGGUUCAUCCAGCGCGUGGAGCAGACAGCUACGUGGCGCGGGAAUCCGCUACUGCCAAUCUACGACGAGUUGAAGUUGUUCCACAUCAAGGACGCGCACUCGAAGUUACAGAUCAUGCAAAAGUUCGAACAGUACUACUUCCGCGGCGGUACGCGGUCGCUCGCUAGCCAGUUCACUCCCGGGUUCAUUGGCCAACUGAUCGUCCCGGAACUUGUCGAAUGUCUUUCGUGGAUCUUAAAUCAGGAGAACGGGUUGAUCGUGUUCAACCGGACGCUUGUGAAAUUGUUGACCGUGGUGCUGAGCCUAGUUGUGGAGGCCCGCGAGAUUUCAGAGUUAUCCGAGGGGAUGAAGGACAUGCUGUACUUGUGUUCGAAGCUCACGGACCGGCAGAUCCGGUUUGUGAUGUUGAUCUUCCUGCCGAGGUUACUGGAGAAGUUCCCCAAGCAAUUGGACUUCAGUGGGCGGAUCUUCCCCUUUUACUUGCAGGGGAUGCUGGACACGGACGCUACGUUGCGGCUGCAGACUCUAAAGACGAUCCCUUACAUCAUUGGCGAGCUGACUGAGCGACAAUUGAACAACGAGAUCUUGCGGUCGAUCGCUAAGACGCAAGUGGACGCCAAUGAGGAGAUCCGGAUGUGGACCGUGUUGACUAUUGUGGAGAUCUCAGACAGGUUGUCCGGUGUCAGCAACCGUGAUGGUGUGCUAGCGACGAUUUACACAAAGUCUCUGAGGGACCCUAGUAUCAGCACGCGGCUAGCGGCGCUGUACGGUUUAAAGAUGAGCAUUGGGAUCUUCCAAGUUGAGGUGAUCGCUAACAAAGUACUCACUGUGAUUGCACCUAGUCUCUUGGACAAGGACCGAGUUGUCCGUGUACGCGCGAAGGAACUGUUCGGGUUAUACUUGGCGAAACUCGAGGAGGAGGCCAGUUUGCAAUUUGAGAAGGGCGAGGGCGAGGGCGAAAGUGAGAAUGAGAGCAGUGACGACCAUACUGCGUUUCUACAGAGGUUUGAACAAGGCGGCUAUUUUGCGCGGGAUCUGGCAGACAUUGUGGACAAGUUUAUGACUGGUCUGAGUGUUUCCCCGGAAGACAACCUGGACAGUUUUGGUUCUACUGCCGCGUACGGCGGGUUCUCCACGAUGUCUGGGGACCCGACGGAAACACUUCUUGGUUCAGGCCGGUGGGCGACGCCACCUGCCAGUUCAGCGGAGCCCGCUGAGGUAGUACCAGAGGACGAUGACGCCGGGUGGGACGCAGAGGACUCCUCCUGGGACAGUACCACCACCACCCCGCAAGAGACGAAGCCCGUACGGUCCUCCAUCCUGAGCAGACCGCGGCAACCGCAGUCCACGACGAGAACGGCUGCGACACCGGCCGCGAAGCGCAAGCCCAGCAUCCUGGCAGGGGCCAGGCGGACGCCGCCCGCAGCAGCGGCCCCUGCCAGGGGGGAGAAAUCGAUUCUGAGCCGGCGCCCAGCGGGGACCCUCACUGCCACCACCCCAGCGGAACCAGAAGAGGACGACUGGGACUCCGCGUGGUGA